UGCCACGCGAUUGUUUUACGCCGCGGAAGGAACCGCUAACUUGCGCACAAACCGACUUCAAAAAAUGCACACACCCUACUCUCUGCACAAUCACCACCGCCGUCCUCCGCCGCAGCACAUUUCUCCGAUCGGCAGACAGUAACAUGUCCAAAUUACCCAUCAAACAUUUCUUCACCACCAUGGAUUUUGGCCGGAGCCUGAAAUUAUUUCAGAAGGAUUAUUCACUGUACAAUAAAUACGCCUACAAUAUUCUGAACCGCUUCCGGUGGUCCAAGGCGGACGGCGAUGGAUUGAAAGGGAAAAAAAGUUACGGUGAGUUGGAAAAUAACGACAGUUCGUCGGACGACGAUUUGGGCGGUUAUAGUAAUAAAUGGAAGCCGGAAAUUGCUUGGCUCGGCAAAGCUCUUGAGCCGGCUUUGCAGCUGUACAAAUGGGCCCUUCCAACAGGAACUGGAAUCAACCGCAAACCACCGCCUAUUGAUCGAUCUCUUGCAGAAAUAUUUUCGAGCAUACAGAGGAGUAAGAUCGGACUUCAAGAUUGGAGUAUGAGCGAUCUUACGAUUGGCUUAUACCUCAUUUAUCUUCAACAAGCAUCCACAGGUGCUGUUGAAGAUGUGAAGGGUGAACUUAUCUCCUCGGAGUCCAUUGUUCAGGAUCUCAUGUACCACACAGAACUGGCAAAGGGGGCUUAUAAAGAUAAUGCCGCCAUUCUUGCAAGGCAUAGUAUGCUCCGAGAAAAGCACGUUUUGAAGUUUGUGAAUAAUUCGAGUGUGUUGAGACCUGCUUAUUAUAUAGGAGUUGACAUGAGGAAGAAACUUGUGAUUCUUGGUAUCCGUGGAACUCACACUGUCUUUGACCUCGUUACCGACAUUAUAUCUUCUAGCCAUGAAGAUAAUGAAAUCACAUUCGAAGGCUAUUCGACCCACUUUGGAACAGCCGAGGCUGCUCGUUGGUUUAUGUGUCAUGAAAUAGCUACCAUUAGGGACUGCCUACAGAAGCACAAGGGUUUUAGGUUGAGGCUUGUGGGACAUUCCCUUGGAGGUGCAACUGCUUCCUUGCUUGCGAUUAUGCUUCGUCAAAAAUCGUCUGAGGAGCUUGGGUUCAGCCCUGAUAUAAUUACUGCAGUUGGAAUUGCCACCCCACCUUGUGUUUCUAAAGAACUCGCUGAAAGUUGCUCCGAUUUUGUGACCACGGCUGUGAUGCAGGACGAUAUGAUCCCAAGACUAAGUGUUGCUUCUUUAACAAGAUUGAGAAAUGAAAUUGUCGAAACUGAUUGGGAAAGUGUUUUUAGUAGAGAAGAUUGGAAAGGCGUGAUAGAUCUCGUCACAAAUGCAAAGCAAAUCGUGUCUUCUGUACAAGAUGUAGCUCGUAAACUUGCUGAAUAUGCUAAGUUUAGAGGACAGACAAAAUAUAUUGACGCCCCCAUGAAGAAGGAAGUAGUUUCGGCGGAUCAAGGGAAACUGGAAAAACGAAUGAUCAAAGUAGAGGAGGAUUUGUAUGUACCGGGAACUCUGUAUUACUUAAAAAGGAAUGUGGAUUCUGAAAGUCGCCACAAACCUGGUGAAUAUUACACGUUGUUGAGGAGGCACUCAGGCGAACAUUUUCAAAGGAUACUGCUUUCGAGCAAUAUAAUUUCGGACCACAAAUGCGAUAGCCAUUAUUAUGCUCUCAGGGAUGUACUUAAAGGUCUGCCUAGCUCUUCUGACAACCGAACUAGUACUACUAUGUAAUAAAUUCUAAAUAAUGAGAUAUAUGAGAUGACUGGGAAGUUGGCAUUUGUAGUUAA